AUUUCACUCGUCUCUCUCUCUCUCUCUCUCUCUCUCUCUCCUGUGCACCUGAACUCAAACUCAACUUCGUCAAUGGCGUCCCAGAUCUAAACCCACUUCAACCCCACACCCACUCCAAAACCCACUCUCCCAACCAUCUCUCUAAAGUAUUCGACUUUUUUGUUAACUAAUCUCCAAUGGCUCACUCAUUCCCAGAGGAAGUACUAGAGCACGUGUUCUCCUUCGUCCACACCGACAAGGACCGCAACUCGGUCUCCCUCGUCUGCAAGUCCUGGUACGAGAUCGAACGGUGGAGCCGGCGCCGGAUCUUCAUCGGCAACUGCUACGCCGCCAGCCCCGGGAUCUUGAUCCGACGGUUCCCCGAGGUCAGAUCCGUGGAGAUCAAGGGCAAGCCGCAUUUCGCGGACUACAACCUGGUGCCUGAAGGGUGGGGUGGGUACGUGUACCCUUGGAUCGUGGCCAUGGCCAGGGCGUACCCGUGGCUGGAGGAGAUUCGGCUGAAGAGGAUGGUGGUUAGUGAUGAGGCCUUGGAGUUGGUUUCGAGGUCGUUUAAGAGCUUCAAGGUUCUGGCUUUGUCGUCUUGUGAGGGGUUUACGACAGAUGGGUUGGCCGCCAUUGCCUCUAACUGCAAAAAUCUCAGAGAGCUGGAUUUGCAGGAGUGCGAUGUGGAUGAUCAGAGUGGGCAUUGGUUCUGCCAUUUUCCUGAUACCUUCACAUCAUUGGUGUCACUUAACAUCGCUUGUAUAGAAUCUGAUGUGAGUUUGCCUGCCCUAGAGCGCUUAGUGGCUAGGUGUCCCAACCUGAGGAGUCUCCGUCUCAACCGUGCUGUGCCGCUGGAGAGGCUUCCUAAUUUACUCUGUCGUGCCCCUCAGCUGGUCGAGUUUGGGACCGGUGCCUAUUCAGCUGAGAUCCGAGCCGAUGUCCUUGUAAGCUUAACUACAGCUUUUUCAGGAUGCAAGUAUCUCAAGGGCCUUUCUGGGUUUUGGGAUGUGGUUUCAGCUUACAUUCCAGCAGUUCACACUCUAUGCUCUGGACUGACUUGUCUCAACUUAAGCUAUGCCAAUAUCCAAACCCCUGACCUUGGCAAACUAGUUAGUCUUUGCCAUAAUUUGCAGCGCCUCUGGGUACUGGAUUACAUUGAAGACUCUGGCCUUGAUGCCCUUGCUGCAUUUUGCAAGGAUCUCCGAGAACUGAGGGUAUUCCCAUCUGAUCCAUUUGGUCCCGAACCUAAUGUAUCCUUGACAGAACAAGGCCUUGUAUCUGUUUCAGAGGGAUGCCCCAAGCUUGAGUCAGUUCUCUAUUUCUGUCGCCAGAUGUCAAAUGCCGCACUUACUGCCAUCGCUAAUAACCGCCCUAACUUAACUCGUUUCCGCCUCUGCAUCCUUGAGCCUCGUGCUCCUGAUUACCUAACCCUGGAGCCGCUGGACACAGGUUUUGGAGCUAUUGUUGAGCGGUGCAAGGAUCUACGCCGCCUUUCGCUAUCCGGUCUUCUAACAGAUCGCGUGUUCCAGUACAUUGGCACCCAUGGUAAGAAGAUAGAGAUGCUUUCUAUUGCUUUUGCUGGGGAUAGUGAUUUGGGGCUCCACCACGUGCUGUCUGGGUGUGAAAGCCUGAAGAAACUAGAGAUUAGAGACUGCCCCUUUGGAGACAAGGCUUUGUUGGCCAAUGCUGCAAAGCUGGAGACAAUGCGAUCCCUUUGGAUGUCUUCUUGCCAAGUAAGUUAUGGAGCAUGUAAACUACUUGGUCAGAAGAUGCCAAGGCUUAAUGUCGAAGUCAUUGAUGAGAGGGGACCACCUGAUUCGAGGUCUGAAAGCUCUCUUGUGGAAAAGCUUUACAUAUAUAGGACUGUUGCUGGGCGUAGGAUGGAUAUGCCUAAUUUCAUAUGGAAAAUAGAUGACAAUGCGAAUUUUGGGCUAUCUUGAGAUAUCUUGCCGUAUGAGUGGAAUCCCGUUGUUCUUUCCAAUUGAUGUGGAAGGUACAUGCUCUACGUGCUGCUCUUUAUUUUCAAUUCAUUUAAUUAAAAUGAAGCCUUGAAUAGUUGCAGUACUUAUUGGAGUGGGGAUAGAGUUGUUGGGAGUAUAGAGAGGGUCAAGGGCUCGCGUGCCAUCUAUUUUACUCUUGGCUGAGCGAUUUAAUAGCGGUUAGUGAUUUAAUAAAAGAGGUUAAACUCGUGGUGUUGUAACGCGUAAUGAUUAGGGUCAUUUGUACGGUUCUGGAUGGUAUACCAUGUAUAAUUCUUGCAGACUUAUUGUAUGGUUAUGCAUUUUCAUUUCAAUUGAUGUAGCCUUAAAAAUCAUGUUUUCACUAUGUUGUGGAAUAAAAAAAAAAAUAGCUUCUGUAA